AUGGCGCCCCAUCCUUUCGGGAUACCCGUGUUCAACAGCACCAACACCGGGAACUUGACUCACUGGAUAGACAUUACCGUCUGGAAAGGCAUUCCCUUUGCUGCCACCACCGGGGGUCAGAACCGUUGGAAAGCUCCCCAAUUAGCCAGUUCCGCCGAAGGUUACACCAUUGAUGAAGACUGCUUGAACCUCAACAUCUGGUCUCCGACCAGCACCACCGAUGCCAAGCUCCCAGCCGUCAUGUGGAGUUAUCCCGCGCUCUCGACUGCCGUCGAUGCGCUGUUCGAUGGGGGUGGGCUGGCCGACAAGGGCAUGGUCUUCGUCAGUUACAACUACCGCAGCGGCGCUUUCGGGUGGCUCGCCACGCCCGAGUUGACAGGCGAGCUCAUCAAUGGCAAGAACAGCUGGGCCAACUGGGACAUGGUCGACCAGUUCGCCGCCCUCAAAUGGAUCAAGGCCAACAUUGCCGCUUCGUCCGCCGGCUCGGCAGCCAUGCAGCACAUCCUGAACAGCGAGCUCACGAAGGGACUGAUUGAUGGUGCCAUCCUCGAGUUCGGGGUCCGAUAUCCCCAGGAUCCGCUGUGCACAAGCCUUGCCGAAGCCUAUCGCACGUUGGAAGUCACCUACAACACCUCCGCCAGGUUCCUAUCCAGCCUGAACGUGACCACGCUGGCUGAGGCCCGCGCACUGCCCAUGGAAGCCCUGACCACCAACUUCCUCACCUCCUCAUACGACUUCACCGCCACCCUCCAUUACUACGCGAUGCCCGACACCUACCACAACACGCUGACCAAAAGUUUGGCGCAGGACGUCCCCCGCUUCCUGGGCCUGUACCCGGCCACCAACUCCGCCACGGCGUCCGGCGCGUACAAUUCGCAGUUCACCGGCCGCACCAAGGUCGGCACCUGGCUCUGGUCGCAGCUCUGGCGCGCUCACUACGAGAGCCCCGCCGGCGCCAGCGCCUACCACGAGUCCGAGAUGAAUUACGUUCUAAACAACCUGUAUGCUACCGAUAAGCCGUGGACCGACGACGACUAUCGCAUUGCCGAACGGAUGAGCAGCUACCGGGCGAAUUCCAUCAAGACUGGGGAUCCGAAUGGCGAGGGGCUCGUUCGCUGGCCCGCUGUCAAUCCUUUCGCGUUAGUGCAGCACAUAGGAGAUGGCUGGGCGAGAUUCCUGUAG